CACCCACAGGGCUCACCCACCCACCCACAGGGCUCACCCACUCACCCGGAGGGCUCACCCACAGAGCACCGGCACCAUGCGCGAAAUAGUCCAUCUACAAAUAGGCCAAUGUGGCAACCAGAUUGGCUCAAAGUUCUGGGAAGUGAUCAGCGAUGAACAUGGGAUCAAUAACCAGGGCAGUUACCAUGGAGACUCGGCGGUACAGCUGGAGAGGAUCAACGUCUACUUCAACGAGGCCCAUUCCCACAAGUACGUGCCCAGAGCCGUGUUGGUGGAUCUGGAACCCGGGACCAUGGACAGUCUCCGCUCCAGCAGCAUCGGACCUCUGUUCCGCCCCGACAGCUUUAUCCAUGGAAAUUCUGGCGCUGGGAACAACUGGGCCAAGGGCCACUACACAGAAGGAGCAGAGCUGAUCGAAUCGGUAAUGGAUGUGGUGAGAACGGAAAGCGAAAGCUGCGACUGUCUGCAAGGGUUCCAGCUGGUCCAUUCCCUUGGGGGGGGCACCGGUUCCGGGAUGGGCACGCUGCUCAUUAAUAAGAUCCGGGAGGAGUACCCCGACAGGAUCAUGAACACGUUCAGCAUCAUGCCCUCGCCCAAGGUCUCCGACACGGUGGUGGAGCCGUACAACGCCAUCCUGUCCAUCCACCAGUUGAUAGAGAACACGGACGAGACCUUCUGCAUCGAUAACGAAGCCCUGUACGACAUCUGCUUCCGCACCCUGAAGUUGACCACCCCGACCUACGGAGACCUCAAUCAUUUGGUUUCCAUGACGAUGAGCGGGGUGACCACAUCUCUUCGCUUCCCCGGGCAGCUCAACGCCGAUCUGAGGAAGUUAGCGGUCAACAUGGUGCCCUUUCCGCGCCUCCAUUUCUUUAUGACGGGCUGCGCUCCCCUGACAUCUCGCCGAAGCCAACAGUACAAGGCGCUGACCGUGCCCGAGCUCACCCAGCAGAUGUUUGACGCCAGGACCAUGAUGACCGCCUGUGACCCCCACCAUGGCCGCUACCUGACCGUGGCCGGUAUCUUCCGGGGUCAGAUGUCCACCAAAGAAGUGGACGAGCAAAUGCUAUCGGUGCAGUCCAAGAACAGCGCCUACUUUGUAGAGUGGAUCCCGAACAACGUCAAGGUGGCCGUCUGCGACAUCCCACCCCGCGGCCUCAAGCUGGCGUCCACGUUCAUCGGCAACAACACGGCCAUUCAGGAGAUCUUCAGGCGGAUCGCCGACCAGUUCUCGGCUAUGUACCGCCGGAAAGCGUUCCUGCACUGGUACACCGGCGAGGGCAUGGACGAGAUGGAGUUUACCGAAGCCGAGUGCAACACCCACGACCUCAUUGCCGAAUACCAACAGUACCAGGAGGCCACGGCCGAAAUGGAAGAAUACUUCGAAGAGGAGGAGGAGGAAGUGGUUGAAGGAAUACGGAUCACAGAAACGAUAGAGAAAGUCAUCAAGUAGGAGUCGGCCGGCUCCCAAAUAGAAGAUUUAACCAAAAUUGACCAAAAUUUAGUGACAGAACUCAAGUUGCUCCUCAGGCUUUGGGCCUCCUCAUACCUUAUAGCAAUUCUGUUGGUUCCGAUCACAGAAUCAUUAUGGAGGACCCUUCGCUUGUUCUGGGAUUGGGGUUCAUGUAUAGAAACGUAUAUUAUGGGUUUAGGGAACGGGUUCUGCCCACUUUUUUAUAUCAAAGCCAAUAGGAGAGAUCGACCAGUCGGAGACAUUAGUUACAGAUAUCGGGGGCCAUUAGUGAAGCAGAAGCCGCUGCCGUAUAAAGGGGACACCGGAGGCUUUCCGUGCCCGACCAGUGAGUCUGACCUCACAAGUUGAAGAGAAGCAGCUUUAAAGGGGCCCCGUCAGAAUAAAUAGGCGAUAAAUGUCAUAUUAUGUAUCAUAGUUUAUAGAAAACAAAUAUACUUCUACUUUAGGUCAA